AUGUCGUCCUCCGUAAGAGGUGAUUCACACUUCACAGUCAAUUUGGAGCUGCAUCCAGUAAAGUCAUUCGAUAGAACAUCAAAAUGUUAUGUUAAUCUCAAACCAAAUGCUGUUCCGACAAUACAUCCAAACCAGGAAGAGUCACCACCUGCCAAGAUACUAGUACUAUCAAAUACAGUAUUAAGACCUACUUUCGACUCAUCCCUUCUACAGAAACAAGCAGUUAGUAUAAGACAUCAUAGCAAUAAGCUUAUAUUAUUUAGAGUGCAGUAAUCAAUUAAUCUGUAAUCUAUGUAUUUAUGUAAUAAAGAUUAUUUCC